UGGAGUGGAAAAGAUGGCUGCUUCGGCGGCAACGGCGAGUUGUCCCCCGGGUUUGAGUCCGAAUUACGCCGUAAUCUGCUCCUUCCUCGAGCGGUACGGAGCCUUGCUGGACCUGCCGGAGCUCACCUUCCCGCAGCUGGAGCGAUGUCUGCAGGACACCGCCGCAGUCCCGAAGCAGCUGGUCGAUCUUCACGUGAAGCUGCUGAGGAAGAUCGGCAAGUCGGUGUCAGCAGACCGAUGGGAGAAAUAUCUCGUCAAGGUGUGUCAAGAGUUCAACGCAACAUGGGCGUGGGAACUGGAAGAGAAGGGAUACAAGGAGAUGACGUUAGAGAGCAAGACGGCAAUACUUAAAUAUUUGUGUGAGUGUCAGUUUGAUGAAAAUGUCAAGUUCAGAACCGCCAUCAACGAGGAGGACCCGGAUAAAAUGCGGCUGCAGCCGAUCGGCCGAGACAAAGACGGUCAGAUGUACUGGUUUCAGCUGGACCAGGAGGACAACGUGCGCGUCUACAUCGAGGAGCAGGACGACUCGGACGGGUCCUCGUGGAAAUGCAUCGUGAGAGAACGGAACGACUUGGCCGAGGUCGUGGCGCUGCUGAAGACGCAGAUCGACCCCGAGCUGUUGAGAAGAGACGAGUUGAAAAAGGAAAACAAUCCCGAUGGUGAAGGGGACAAAAAAGGUGAAGCUAAAAAGUCUGACAGCUCAUCAGAUGAAGACCACAAAGACCCCAACAAAGCUGCUUGUCCGGUUCCACCAAAGGCCGAGGACAAUGAGAAAGAAACGCAGAAAGAGAACUUGAAAUCAGAAGCUUCUGAGGUCAAAUCUCUCAAUGGCAUCAUCGAAAGCAAAAGUGAAGCAGAACUUCUUUCAGAAAACAUCGGUACAAAAGCCCAGAGCAUCAAAGAAGAGCCGAUGGAGGUGACGGACAUUAACACAGCGACGUGUGAACCGGCCUCUGUAACGUCAUGUUUAUCAGUGACGGCAGAAAAGGGCGAGGAGGUGAAGAGGCUCAGCGCCGAGGAGAUUCAACAGGCUCUGAAUAACGACCAGCAGGCCAAAAUCCCCCUGAAGAAGAGAGGAAUGAAGUUUACUGAAGACUUUGAGAAAACCACCGUUAACACGGUGCAAACGGCGUCUGUGUCGCAGGUCAGAGACGCUCCCAAAGGAGACGUGACUCCUAAAGGAGAAGCUGCUCCUAAAGGUGAAGCUGCUCCCAGAGGCGACGCUGCUCCCAGAGGCGAAGCUGCUCCUAAAGGUGAAGCUGCUCCCAAAGGCGAUGCGACUCCCAAAGGCGACCCUGUUCUUAAAGGCGACGCUGUCGCCGACAAAGAACAGUCAACUAAACCUUCUGUGGUUAAACCUGUAGAACCAAGAGAAAAUGACUCGACGUCCACGGAGAAAAAGGCGAAGGAUAAAAAAGAUGAAGCCGGCAGUGCAAAGGUUACGGAGGAGGUCGCAUCGCACCAGGAGAACUCGGAUAAGAAAAAUCUAGAAAAGGAAAAUGACGCAGCAACGGAAAAGAAAGAAGCACGCGAGUCUCCUCCUCCACUAAAAGGAGAAUCACCACCUCUACCUAGAGAUGUAAGAAAUUCACCGGAGGAGUCGUCUAAUCACAAAGAGUGUGAGAAGAUGAAAGAGAGCCCUGUCGGUACAAAAGAAUCUUCUGCUGCAUCAAUAAAGGAAACUGUUAAAACAUUAACAACCGAUGACUCAGAGAAACUAAAUUUAAAUCAUGAAGCCACGUCCAAAGUCCCAGAAUCAAAAGAUUCGCAGGAGAAACCAUCCUGUGCAGACGCAUCAGAGUCGAGUCAGACUGAAAAAACAGAAGAGACAUCAAUCCGGACAGAAAACAUGAAGCGAGCUGUGAGCGAUAAAGAUGCUAAAGAAUCCGAAACAUCUGUGACUUACACAGAGAAAUCAGACAAAUUGGCAACAAAAGCAAAGCCAGGAGUCAUUAAAACCACAGAGACGCAGGCUGCCGGCAAAGAUCCUCCAAAGAAACCUGAUGAUUCUGAAAACACAAAGUCACAGUCCAUCAUUAAAAAGACAGCAACAGUAAAAGACGGGGACGAGGCAGAGGAUCGGGGAGUGACACAAACUUCUACGGUCAUUAAAAAGGUGGAUAAGAAAACAGUCAGUGAGAAAUCAGAGGAAACACUCGACGUCAAGGAGAGCGCAGAGUCUCCUGUUAUCAAAACGCUUGAUAAAUCAGAAACGUGUAAACCGGCCGAGAAGCAGCCGAGUGCAACGGCCGCUGAGACGACGCCAGAGGAAAGCUGUCCAGCCUCUAAAAAGCUCGACAAGACAGAGAAGCCGGAGGACACAAAGAAAACUGUCAACUGUGAGGACGGUAUGAUCCACGAUGUCACCAAGAUAAGCGAAUCCACGUCAGAGCCCAUGGAGGUCGAGGCAGCGGCCGUUAAACAGGAUCUGACAAAUCCCCGAGAGGAUGACAAGACGAAGACGAACUCUGUCCAGCAUGAAACGAAAGAGGAAACGUCUGAAGGAAAAGAUAAACCUCCCGGUCCUGUCGAGAAGACUGACCUCGCUGGAGAAAAGGAUAAAAAGCCCGACAGAAAAGAGGAGAAGGAGUCUGAAGAACCGUCGAAGCCAAUGGAGGCAGAGCAGCUGUCGUCAGAAACUAAAACGGAUUCUGACAAGAAAAGUGAAAAAGACGCAGACAGGGAAAAGCUCACAGACGACCCUGAGAAAAUCCUCAGUCAAGACAAAGAAAUUAAAGAAGAUUCUACGAUAGAUAAAACCUCUAAAGCCGAUAAAGCAAAGGAGAAGAAACCGGCGAUUAAAGAAAGUGAAAAAUCUACCAAAAUGGAGAAAUCUGGAAGCAAAGAAGCUGAAGCCGAAUCCCCGACUGGAACUGAAAAGCCGGCUCAACCGAGCAAAGAACCGCCAUCCGAUAAACCCACAGACGAGGAAAGUAAGAGCAAAACUGAAGAGGAGGAUUCAAACACUAAAAAGGAGGUGGCUAACGGCAGCGAGGCUCCAGCUGGCGAACUGGAGGCAGCGAUUCGCCGAAAACGCAAGCGUCCUGCCCACCGAAGGAGAGUCGUGGUGAAGAUAGUGGAGCGGCAAGAGGACUCGGAGUCCGACACCAACACGGGGAGAUCUCUCCGAAGGUCGCCCAGGAUCUCCAGGCCGACGCCGAAGGUGGUGGAGAUCACCGACAGGAAGUCGGAGAAAUCUCAGGCGACUCCGCCAACAGAGAAGGAAGAGGAAGAGAAGGCCGAGAAAGAGAAAGACGAGGAGGAAGAGGAGGAGGAGGAAGAUGCAAUGAAGGUCGUCCAGAAGAAACCGAGAGAGAAAAAGGUGGAUCAGGAGGGUCAGCCCAAACUAAAGGGGCGGAGGAGACGGAAGGUUCGCUGGACGAACACUCGAACACGCCGCAAAAAGAAAAGCUCCGAAGACGAGGAGGAACACAGCGGAGAGGGAUCCAGCGAGGAGGAGGAGGAGGAGGAGAGCGAGGAUGAGGACGACAGCGACGAAGACUACAAGGUGGAGCGGGGGAAAAGGAGGCGGAACCGGAUCCGAGAGAGGCGGAGCUCGGACUCCUCCACGUCCUCGGACGACGGCCUACCUCCGAACGACGACCCCUGCAAACACUGUGGUCUUCCAAACCACCCCGAGCUGAUCUUGUUGUGCGACUCGUGCGACAACGGCUACCACACAGCGUGUCUGAGGCCUCCGCUCAUGAUCAUCCCCGACGGAGAAUGGUUCUGUUCCCCCUGUCAACAUAAGCUGCUCUGUGAAAAGCUAGAGGAGCAGCUUCAGAACCUCGACGCCUCUUUGAAGAAGAAGGAACGAGCGGAGAGACGGAAAGAACGUCUCAUUUACGUUGGAAUCAGUCUGGAGAACAUCAUCACACCCUCAACGGAGGUGGAGGAGGAGAAACCGGAGAUCAAAAUCAAAGAGAAGAAAGAAGUGAAGAGGAGUAAGAGCUGGGGUCGGAGGUCGACGAGGACAAAGAAAAACAUCAGCUACAGAUUUGAUGAAUUCGACGAGGCGAUCGAGGAGGCGAUCGAGGAAGAUCUCAAAGAAGCAGAGGGUGGAGGAGCUGGUCGAGGUAAAGACAUGGCCAACAUCACAGGAGGCCACAGGGGAAAGGACAUGUCCGUCAUCCUUCAAGCGGAUGAGGAGAACAAGGAGAACGGCCGCCCGCCACCAAUCAGCUCCGCUCAGCGCAAGAGGAAGCGCCGGCGACUCAACGACCUGGACAGCGACAGCACCGUGGACGAGGAGGAGAGCGAGGACGAGUUCCGCAUCAGUGAAAGCUCAGAAGAAGAAUUUGUCGCAUCGGAGAACGCGUCGGAGGCAGAAGUCGAUUCCAACAACAGCAGCAACGGCAGCGUGAGGCGUCGCACCUCCUCACGGAAGAGGAAGCCACCGAAACGACGGAUGAGCUCCCGAAAGCGGCGGAGGCCGAGAGGCUACUCAGACGAUGAAGAGGAGGAGACGGAUGAGGACGAGGACGAUGAUAUGGCGACUGAAGGCUCCAGUGAGUACAGCGACAGUGAUCUUGAUAUGAGUCGACGUCGGUCUCGGCGGAGUCAGAAGAAGCAGGUGAACUACUGUGAGACGUCGGAGUCGGACGGAUCUCGAGCCAAACCCAAGAGGGCGACAGUAAAACCCAGACAUGCCCAGGACAGUUCAGAGAGUGAAGCGAGUUCCUCCAGAGACUCUGAAGAGGAGCCGAGGGCGAAGAGGAGAGCCGACUCCUCGGAGGAAGACACCCGGCAGCGUCACAGACGUGUUGCACUGAAACGCAGGAGAGCAUCUGAGGACGACUCGUCGGACGACUCAUCAGACGACUCGUCGGAGGAGGAUCGUCCCGUCCGCAAACGGGUGAACCGCAUCGAUUCGGACGAUGAUGACGAGGAGGAGGAGAAACCAAAGGAGAAGAAACCUGAGGAGGAGAAGAAACCUGAGGAGGAAUCAAAGGGAACAAAACCGUCGGACUGCAACGCGGUGGAGCUGCCGCCCACCAACGGACAGAGCACGGUAAAGAACGUCGAGGGCGUCAUAAGCCGAGCCGCUGCCCCAGGUGCCCCCCCCCAACAGGAGCCGCCCAAAACCGCCAUCGCCCCAAACGGCGUGGCCGGCCAGGAGAUGGCAGCGCAGGAGGAUGACGAAGACGACCUGUUAGGAGUCACAGACCUGGUGGACUACGUCUGCAACGAAGCAUUGUAAAAAAAAAAAGAAAAGAAAAUGGUGUACUGUUUCAUUUUUUGUGGUAUUGUAUUUUUAUAUUGCUUAACUUUAUUAUUCCCUCCCCACCAACACGUCCUUGUGUCACGUGGAGCUUGACUCUCGGAAACCUCCGCCGCAGUAAGAACUGGAUCUUUGUCGCCAGUCUGUCCCUGUGGGAUUGUUCAAUAACCAGUAAGGGCACCGACUCGAGACUCAUUCACAGGGUAACGAUCCUCGUACCUGCAGACCACCCACAGCAUCCAGCUCCACUGCCAAACUACUUCCUCUAGAACUGUGUCACUCGUCAUUUCUCCCUUCACAUCGACCUGUUUUCUGUUUUUUAAACCCCACGUCCACGAAUACGACCAGUUCAGAUCCGUGACCCAACGACGCGCUGGGAGAACUGGCACCGAAACUGUUUGUGUUGAAGAUUUGUUGUUUUUCUUGAAACGACUGGGACUUAACAUUUUUUCUUGGCGUGAAUCAGGAAAUCAUUCCAUGAAUUACACAUGUGCUCAUCGGCUCACCGGCACCGUUGAGACGAGAAGAUCGAUACCACGCUCAUGUCCGUCAGGUUAAUGUGAGGCUAGCAGCUGUUAGCUUAGCACAAAGACUCUUAAUGCUGUACAAAGAAGGUACUUUUUCACUGGUCGCACCACAGAGAGAACCAUGCUAUGCUAACAGUAGCUAGUUGAUGCUUACUAAAACCCACAGAGUGCUGUACUGGGUCGGAACCAGUGACGCUAAGAUGGGAAAAAAUUGUUUGUUGGACAGAUGCAAACCAGACGUGAAUAUGAGAUUAAACAUUAAAGUUUCACAUUUAAAGCAACAGCGCCCUCUGCAGGUUCACGUGGAGACUGAUUCUGUGUUCAAGUGGUUUUCAAGUCCAUCGUAAGUUAAGUUAAGAUCUGACGGCGUAACGAAAUAAUGUGGAACACUACCGAUCCGUGGAUAUUACCCACAAUCCCCUGCUUGGUGAACCUGUUCCGUGAAUACAGGUGAUAAUCUGACCGAGCGUGUGUCUGUUCCCCCGUCAGUUGCUAUUUGUGGUCUGCUGAGCAAACACCACUUUGACUUUCAUGUGUAGUGUGUGUGUCCUCGGCUCGAUUGUCGAGUGAACGCAGCAGUUACACAACCAAACACUGUGUUAACAAAGGCUUUGGAUGGGGGGGGAGGUCGUGUGAGGCAGAAUGGGGAUAAAGAUUUUAGUCUCUCCAGCCUCCAAACUAAACUAAAGAGCAUCAGCCUCAACUUGUCCCUUUAACUUUUUUUAAUAUUCUCGUCUUAGGCUUUUAAUUAUGAAUUUAACUAGAAACAAUCAAAAUAUAUGGAGUCAUUUCCCAUCAUGUGUCUGAACGUAAACUAUUCAGGCUGCGGUUGAUUUUUAUUUCUUAAGCUGCUUGAACUGUUCAGAUGUUACGACUGAAAAAUUAUGUAAUAUAAAUAUUGAGACUUGUUUCAGGAAGAUUUGCUCAUGAUUUUACAGUUGAACAUUUAAUUCUGUUGUCAUCAAGCCUCUAAACCUCAGUGAUCAUGUUUAAUAAUGUUUUGUCAAUUCCUAAAAA